AUGAGAUCAAAUAUAGCUUUGAGAUUGAGAAAAUCAGUUGAAAAGGAAAAAUAUGAUUCUACAUAGAAAUUAUCUUUACAUGCAUUUAGUAUCCAUUAAGGAUCAAGUCCAAAGAGAAUAAAUUAUCAGACCCCAAUAAGAGGAAAAUAUUAAAUACUGUAAAAACGAAAAUCAUUCAAUGAAUAAAAGUUAAAUGAUAAGAAUGAGCUGUUAAAGAAAAUUGAAUACUUUAACUCAGUGAAUAUUACAUUAGAGAGUUAAUAAAUAAAAGACUAAGAUAAAAGUAUGUAAUAUAGAAGAGAUAACCGUUAAAAAUCAGAAGACAAGAUACUCGUAUAUGAUAUUUUUAGAGAGGUUGGGUACACUUACAAAUUAUAUGUCUGAGGAAUAAUAAAAGCCUGGCGAUUAAUAAGAAAGACAGAGCAAAAAAUAUUCUCUUCCAAUUUUGAAAAAAAGAUCUUCUCCAUCUCCUUAAUUUUAAGAUUCUUAAACUAUACCACCUAUGCCAAUUAUAACAGAGCUAAAUUAUACAAAAAUAGCAUCAAGUACUUCAUUUUACAAUUAUUAGAUGAAAUUAAUAAAGUUUAAAAUAAAGAAAUAAAAGAACUUCCAGAAUCAACUGAAAGGAUACUUGAUUUAUUAUUACUUAAUACUUGUGAUCUUAAAAAAGUAUUUUAAUAAUAGAAAUAAAAGAAUAAAAGAAAAAUAAUAGUUUAAGGAAGAAUCCCUCAAGAUUUUUUCAAUAUAUUGAAAUAAUUUUGA